AUGCAAGGGGCAUGGGGACGAGGAGGAGGUGGUGGCGGGGAAGAGGACUGGCAGGAUGAGUUUUGCACUAGCAGAGGCGCCGCGGUCGAGCUGGAUGAGAUUCCGCUGUGUCAACACUGCCUCCUGAACCUGGCGGGGGAGGGCGCCGAUGAAGAUGAAAUCGUUCGCUUGGCGUUGGACUCGGCCCACAAGGGGGAUUCACAGCUGAUCCGGGCAAGAUACGAGAAGAACAAGCAGGCGACUUCAGGGUCUGAUGCAGCACUUCCUGAAGCCCAGGAUGAGCCAUGUUGUCAGCUCAUCUCACCCAAGGUGGUGGCUGCUCAGGUCGAUACCGUAUGCCCUGAUCAUAUCGAUCCCUCUUUAAACACCAUUUAUGUUUCCAUGUCAGAUCCUCUCAGUUGCCCCAGUUUUAAACCAAGUCCUACAAAGUCCAUUCCACUCCAGAUGCAGCCGUUUGCACGACUUGGGAACGUUGACGAUGGAAUCCAGUCAAGGCAGCAAUGCUCUUACCGGACACGUGCCGCCUCUUCGCCGUUGACCAGAUCAGCAUCAGUAGCCUCGUUAGGUGUGCGCAAUAUCUACAAAAAGCCAAUGGAAGCUGACAAGCUGCCAAGCUACCCGAGCCAGAAUGUCUUCAAACGCAUGGGUUUGACUUUUUCAUGUGCUACAGACACCUCAAGGCCUCAAAUCCGACGGCAAAGGUACUCCUUCGUCAGCAACGAGCCCAAUAUACGGCCCUCAUUGCAUAGCCAGAGCCAGCGGCAUAUGCAGCGAAGACAUGUAUCAUUCCAUGGUCUCUCGGCCGGCCAGGAAACUCGACCGGCAACUCUGAUGGACAUGACUCCAAGUUCACCAGUCCUAAAAAGGAGCACAUCUGCACCAGAGCACGAGCAGCAAGCACUGUCAUCUAUGGAUGGUCCUGCGCCCUCGAGAACAGGCACUUCUGCCAUGUAUACAACAAGCGCAAAAGUGACUCGAGUGACUCACGGGCAAAAGCCCAUUCCUCACACUACCGCAACAUCGAAGCACUCUGGAUCCGAUGAAGAAAGACAGCGCCAAGCCCGAAGUCCCUUUUCUGCGGCUGGAGAAUCGUCCAAGCUGCUCGGCCGGCCCAGGCUGCAGAACAAAGCCCGCACCGUCACCUCGGUGCAAAAAUCCACGGUCAUGCAACAGAACUUCACCGAUCGAGAUACUCAAGGCAUCCAGCCACAAUGUACGAGCUCACCAGGCACGAUAUACAAAAGAACCGUGCCGUGUAAGGCAGGGCGAGCCACCACCCAGAUCCUAAACGUUGGGCACACCGGAGUAUGAACGUACCAGGAUGUAUCUGGAAUGCGAGAGACGGGGGAAACAGGAUGUCUAUCGCCAGUAUGUCUAGGCUUUUCAACGACCAAGAUAAAUCGAAAUGAGUUUUAUGGGUAAAAAAAUGUACCCGUCUAUCCUCCC